AGAGCGUAGCUGGCCGCCGCAGUUUGAAUGCUCUGCGGAAACAGCUUCGCAACCGACAGGAGGAGAGAACCGCUAGCACAAUGCAGUUAGCUAGCUAAUUAAGGAAAUCCGGCGUAAUUCAAACAGUUAGCUGUUUGAGAAGAGGUAAACGCUCAUUUUAAGUUGUGUGACAAUUUUGUUUUUGAGCGAGACUUGCUGGCUAGCUAACUGCAUUGAAACUGAAGCAUGAAGCUCGCUAUUAGAAAGGCUCUCCGUGUGUAACGUUAGCUUCGUCAAGUCGGUAAAGACAGUCCUUGGAGCUGAAUAGCUUGGUGAUUUACGUUUGAGAUUACAUUUAGUAGACGAGUGUGUUGAAUACGCAUUUUGUGUGUCGUUAAAAUACACACGAGGAUGAGUUAGCAAUCAGACGCGUAGACAAAGUGAGGAAGUUAGAAAGUGUCCGUUUGCUUACGUUAGGUCCUGGCUGAACGUCUUGUUGCAACGUUUAUUUUAAAGUAACGUUACAAGGUAAAAAUAUGGAGAGAAAUGUGAUGCGUCUGGUGGCUGUGCAACACCUCCGCACAGCGUACGGGAUCAAGACAAAGAACUGGAACAAAAACAAAGCAGCCAGCUGUAAGUCAACAGCAAGCAACUCGGUUAAGGUCUUCGGGGUCCCUUUGGAGAGCUUACCGUACUAUAAUAUGGAAUACGGAAGCGUGCCAAGAUUUCUGGUUGACGCAUGUAUGAAACUGCUGGCACAUGUCGACACAGAGGGCCUGUUCAGAAAAUCAGGCUCUGUCGUCCGCCUGAAAGCGCUCAGGGCAAAGCUGGAUGCAGGUGAGGAGUGCCUAUCAACUGCGCUUCCCUGUGAUGUGGCCGGUCUAGUGAAGCAGUUCUUCAGGGAGCUGCCAGAGCCAGCGUUACCCACGGAGCUGCAAGAGGCCUUCCUCAAGGCCCAGCAGCUCCCCACCGAGGAGGAGAGGACCUCUGCCACCAUGCUGCUGUCUUGUGUACUGCCCGACAGAAACCUAAACGUCCUGCGUCACUUUUUCGACUUCCUUCACAAUGUGUCUAAGAGGAGUGCAGAGAACAAGAUGGAUAGCAGUAACUUGUCUCUAAUCUUGGCUCCCAAUCUCCUUCACUCUGGAGACGGUACAGAGAAGAUGAACGCCAACACAGAGAAACGCCUCAAAUUGCAGGCAGCUGUAGUACACUGCUUCAUAGAGCAUGCCCACAACUUUGGUGUGUUACCACAGUUCCUUCUAGAGAAGGUUCCAGCCAUGAUGGGCUGUGAGGCGGGGGUUCUGUCCCCUACUCAUGAUGAACUCAAGGAGCUGGACUUUAACUCGGGGUUGAAGAGGAGACACAGAUACAGUCUCGGAGAUAUGGUCAAUGGUGCUCUGAAUAAAAUAAAAACUAAUAGAACUCCCACAAAUGCCACCCAAACAGACAGUCUUGUCUUUUCUUCUGCAACUCCUGUGAUUGCAACACCAAACUCCAAGCGAAAACUUCCUUUGGAAUCUGGUCACUCUUUUGGAUUCUCAAACAAGAAACGUAGAUCUGUCAAAAAGAACCUUGGGAUAGAAUUACUUCCCAAUACUUUGUUCAACGGGACCUCUACUCCUGGAUCAGCUUACAGUGCUUCAGGGGUCUUGGACUCUUCCCAAAGUACCCUGUCCUCAGCAGGGAGGUCUAGAAGGCAAUCAGCUACUUCUGUAAGGAGGAAGAGCCGACGACUUAGCAACAGACAUGUGGUCAACAGGGUUGAAUCUGGAAGGGCUGGCUGCUUUUCUCCUAAAGUCAGCAAAAAAGAAGCCCCGCGCAAGUCUCUGCGCUUGCGUUUUAGCCUGGGGAAGAGCAGCAAAGACGCUGGAUCUGAGUCCAUUGGCUGGCGACUCGCCACUCAGGAGAGCACCACCAGUUUUCGUUUCACCAAAGAGAUAGAGUUCAGCCCAGCAGCUCUGCCUAGAAACACUGAAUCCAAGAAUUCUAAGUACAUCAGCAAGUCUGAAGACAACUUGCUGACCCCCCAAUGUGACUCAAGUGCCCACCGGACCUCAUGGAGCGGGGAGACCCCUGUGGGAACGCAGGCUUUCAGCGGAGGAUCCUUCACAGAUACACCCAUGAAUAUGUGCCUAAAGAGCAACUACCUGUCUGAGCCUGCCAUCACCGUAUCAAAGCCCCCAGCGGUGUCCAGCCUCCCCAAGAAGCUGUGUUGUGCUUCCAGUGCCGAGAGCCUAGAGAGUGAGAGCUCCAUCAUUGAAGCCCCAAGCCAAACCAGAUCAACUCUGCUGAAAAUCAAGAGUGCUUUCACAGAAUCGGGCAGUGACCUCCAGGCUGUUAUACAGGACUCCUCCACUGGAGGGACCUUGACAAAACCAUCAGACAGCAUCCUGCUCCCUCCACCAGAGACUCCUGCAGCCAAAGUUCUGUCUGAGGACACAGAGGCAUCCAGCUGCCCAACUCAACAGAGCUUCCUGGCUAAAGAACAAAACAUUACGUUUGGACAGAUUGAAAUAGCCGCUUUGUCUCCUUUGCAUAUUGAUAGUGUAGUUUUUGGGUCUGGUGUGUAUUCCAGUCCAGCAGUAAAGGCCAAUGAAGGUUCUUUUUGUGCUGCUGCUGUCAGUGAUCAUGAGAGCUCCAUGUUAGGAGAAAGUGAGGAGAUGGCGGAGCAGGUGAACUGCAGCAAGUUGAUUGAUGCUCUGGACAUCCAGAGUCCUGCUCACUUCAAACUAAGUCUCCCUUCUGGGCUGCAGUCCACUCCAUACAAGCCAGGUCUUGAACUCAACCAUGAGCAUGGCACACCUUCUAGAGUUGGUACUACAGUCAGUACGGUACAUGAAAAUCAUGAGUCUUCCCCAGAGAUUGGUACCAAAGUCCAAAACCAGCAACCCCUCUCACCACACAGUCUGGAAACCGAAAAGCCCCGAGUGGCCGACCACAUUCAACACUUCAAUAAGCUCACCCUUCACUCUCCCAGUGCCUCCAAGGCCCAAUAUGCCAGGUCACCGCUCAGGUUCCAGCGCACCCCCGUGCGUCAGGCAGUCCGCAGGAUCAACUCUCUUCUAGGAGAGGGCAGGAGACCCACUCGACAUCUGAGACUCACCUCCAGCAGCCAGAGUGGUCAGGUGGUGAAGGCAGUGAGCCUGGAGAGCGGCCUCUCUCCUCACCCUCAGCUUCAGCCGUAUCAGGGAGAGGCACAAGCGGGACUGUCGAACAGCAUUUGUCCCAUAAAGAAACCACCUCCAGUCCCUCCCAAAAAGCCAAGCACCUUGGCCCGUAAAUCCAUGGUCUGUGCUCUAGGCGAUGUGACCAACAAGGUCCAACCUAAGACCAAAGUGGACUCUGAUCCAUCAGGAGCUCAGAAGCCUCGUGUGCAGCAGGUAGCAGAGAAGGACAUGCACCACUACAGAGGUUCACCUAGACACCCUCUCAACCAAGUACGGCUGCUGUCUGCUACCAAGCCUGUAGAUUUAUAGUUGAUACUCUUUAUGCCUUAUUGUUUCCUCCUUACUAUGCAGGUCUCUGUCUGAUAAAAGUACAUAUCAUUAAACCUUCCAAUUUAUAUUA